AUGCUGCAUUUGAAAGUCCAGUUUUUGGAUGAUUCUCAGAAGAUCUUUGUCGUUGAUCAAAAAUCCUCUGGCAAAACAUUGUUCAACCUCAGCUGCAGCCACCUGAACCUUGCUGAAAAGGAAUAUUUUGGACUGGAGUUCUGGAAUCCUGCAGGGCAUACAGCUUGGCUGGAACUUCUCAAACCCAUAACAAAGCAGAUUAAAAUGGAUCCGGGUCAUCUCAGAGAAGAGCUGACAAGAUACCUUUUCACUCUCCAAGUCAAGAAGGAUCUAGCCUGUGGAAGACUGACAUGCAGUGAUAACAGUGCAGCUUUGAUGGUGUCACACCUUUUGCAGUCUGCACUGGGGGACUUUCAUGAAGAAAUGGAUCAAAAGCACCUAGAGACGCAGAAAUAUUUACCAAACCAAGAGCAUCUGCAGAACAAAAUCAUGCUUUAUCACAAGAAACACGUAGGGAAAACUCCAGCAGAAUCUGAUGGGCACCUUUUGGACAUAGCCAGGAAACUCGACAUGUUUGGGAUCAAGCCCCACCCAGCCAGUGAUGGGGAAGGGACCCAGAUUAAUUUGUCUGUCGCACACAUGGGAGUGGUGGUUUUACGGGGGAAUACAAAAAUUAACACGUUCAACUGGGCCAAAAUUCGCAAGCUGAGUUUUAAGCGGAAGCAUUUCCUUAUUAAGCUGCAUGCCAAUGUCUCAGCUUUGUGCAAGGAUACGCUUGAGUUCACCAUGUCCAGCCGUAAUGCCUGCAAAGCCUUUUGGAAGAUGUGCGUCGAGUACCAUGCGUUCUUCCGCCUCUCUGAAGAGCCCAAGUCAAAGCCUAGAGCCUUUCUGUGCAGCAAAGGCUCUAGUUUCCGAUACAGUGGAAGAACACAAAGGCAGCUGCUGGAAAAUGGGACAAAGAGGAGAUUGAAGAGCUUGCCGUUUGAGAGAAAACACUAUCCCUCUCGGUAUCAUGAAAGGCAGUGUCGCUCAUCACCUGAUCUUCUUACAGAUGUUUCCAAACAAAUGGAGGACUUGCGGCUGGUGUAUGGCUCUAUAGGAAGCUAUCACAAUGCCAAUGGAGUUCACACAUCCGAGCCUAUGCUAGACAGCAGGCGCAGGAACUCUGCAGUGGAAGUGACUUUUACUGCUGAAUUAGAGCGGUCCAAACCUGAAGCAGAUCCCUCACUGCUGCCCCAUUCCCAAAGCAGCUGUGCCUUCCCACUGAUUUACACUGAACCAGAGCACGAUUGGGAACCAGCUGACAUCUAUGAGCAAAGGAUUCCACUGACCUCCUUCCAGCCAGACUACAAAUUUGUUGGGAACAACAAAAGCACAUCUGUUGGCAACAUCAGAGAAGUGACCCCAAGGCAGAUGACUUACACAGAUGUACCCUAUGUGGCUCCUAUCAACCAGCACCUGGAUGUAGGUGGUCCCCAAGUCUUCUUCUAUGUGGACAGGCCACCCCAGUUUGCAAGGCAUACAGCCAUGGGCUUUGCUGAGGAAACAGCCAGAGGAAUGAGCAUCCCUGUUGUGGCACCUAUGAAGCUUCCAAGGAGAAGUCCAGAUGUGGUACGAACAAGGGCUAUUGAGCCAGCAGUUCUUCCCAGAAGUAGCUACUUUAGUAGUAUUAGCAUGGAGCAGGAAGACGAUGAGGCCAGUGUUUUUGACUAUGGCAGCCAGGAGCAGCUUCCCAAAAGAUCCUGGAGUCAAUCUGAUAUGAAGACUCUCCGAUUCCCCUACGGCUCAGAGUUCCAUCCUCUAGGGCCAUGUCCUGUCCUGAGCAGCAGGAAGAUGGAUUUUCUACAAUAUGUGCUGGCCCAGCCAAGGUUUCCAGAAGCCCCCAGAGUCCAGCAGACACCUGAACGCUAUGUGGGUACUGGGACAGAGUCCAGCGACUCUGAUUCUGACCUUUUUCCAGACUAUUAUUCUCUCUAUGGCAGAGGGGUCAAAGCACCCAGGACAAGGGUCCGUCUUUCCUCUGGAAGCCUCCAGCUUGAGGAGGAGGAUGAAGAGAUUUGUCUUGCUACUGCCAGCACUGAGGAUAGGACUUCGGUGGAAGCAUCCAGUUAUUGUACUUAAAAGUAACAGGACUGGGUUAAGCUAAGCUGAUCUUGACAAUCAAAUUGAACAAAAAGGAGGCCCCUUUCUAGGUACUGCUGCUUUUGCAGACAUGAUUAAAAUUGAAAAAUUUAAUAGAAGCCUUCUUCAGCAGGAUCUGAAAAUUAUGCAUUAAUACUUUUUUUUAAAUGCAGCCAAAAGGGGGAAGGUUAUAAUGUGCAGGCAGCACAGUCAAUUUCAUAGAAGCACUUGAGUCUCACUUGGGCAACAAAUAAAUCCACUGGCAUCUCCCCAGUGAUCAAGACACAAAAUGUAAUGAAAUAAAAUUAAAUAAAAAGGGUGGGUGAAGUUUCUUUCAUGGACUGAAGGCUCCAGAUUGAGGUCAAGCACCAUAGCAUUCCCUCUCCUCCUCCUAAAAUGGGUCCCAAAAGGAAGCGAGAUGUGCAUGAAAUCUUCUUUUUCAAAUGAUGUCACCCUUGGUCACGAUUACCGGCCAGAAGUAUCUACGUGGAUGUUACGUGUACCAGAAACAGCAUACCAUGGUUCUGGCAGUUAAGGAACAAAAAGGUACUCCUGUCUCCAGCUGGCAAGAGACUUUGGAAAGGGUGUGGUUGGACAUAUGUCAUCACAGUUUCAGAAAAGUAACACUGAAAAAUAAACUACUGCCGUUAGCCAUUUGAUAUGAUUUAUUUCUAACAGGUUCUCCAGUGCGAAGUCACUGGAAGCUGAAAACAACUUGAAAUCAGAGUAGAAUUUUGAAAAUGUGACAUUCCCUUACAGAAGUAUGUACAAAAGACAGGAUGCUCUUCUUCCCACUAUUUGAGGUUUAAAAAGCAUAUGGUAUCAGACAAUUAGGACCGCAGAUGUUUACAGAACUUAAAUAUUUAUUUUUAAAAACCAUUCAACCUCUGCUGCCCUGCCCCCCCCACCCCCCCA